GUAAGAUGAUUUCAUGCUGAUCAUGUUUUUAGACUCGUAUACCUGCAUCCUCAAUUUCCAUGUACUGUAUAAUUAAAAUAAAGGCAUGUUGGUUAUCUGGUGGUGGUGGAAUUUUCAAGGAAAUAUCCAGUAUUUUCUUUCAUUCUUGAAAUGUCAAAUGCAUAUCGAUGCUAGGGAAAAUCCUGGGAUUUUACAAAACAAGAAAGGGGUUACCUCUGGAAUGCCUGCUAGCCUCUUCAAGUAUGCUGCUGUAAUCAGGGUCAGAGCCUCCACGGUAUUGUAUCAUGUAUGGCUCAAUUCCUCCUUUCUGCAGCCCAACAUCAAGAGUUUGACCAGUCGUCAUUGCGUGGAUGUCAUCUCUGUCGUAUAUAAUGGAUAUGUCGGUCCAGUUGAAUUGGGAAAAUACACUCCCGAAAACCUUACGAAGGCGACACUGGCAAUACGCCAUCCGUGUAAGAGUGGGGAAGUUAGUU